UCAAAAAACGUCUUCCUGUAGAGAGCAGUUCCAGUUGCAAGAGCAUACAUUACAUUACAUAUAGUAACACACGGUAGCUGAGCACAUGCACAAAAACCAACUCCUCUGCUAAUCAUUCCGCUUCACAGACCGAGCCUGGAAAGUAAGGAGAGGAGAAAGAAUCAAUGGCCGGCGGCGAGGCAGCAGCGCCUUUGCUGGAGUGGCAAGCGGCGGUGUACCACGAGGGCUGCCCGGGCUGCGGCGUGGAGCGGAGGAAGGCGCUCAACCCCGGCAUCCCCUACAAACAGUUCUUUCACAUCUGGAUAAUCAUCCUCGUCUCAUGUUUGCCAAUAUCAUCGCUAUUCCCCUUCUUGUAUUUUAUGAUACAAGACCUACAUAUUGCUGGAACAGUAGAGGACGUUGGAUUCUAUGCUGGGUUUGUUGGUGCCUCCUAUAUGCUUGGUAGAGCUUUAACCUCCACUGCUUGGGGGGUGGUAGCAGAUCGUAUUGGGAGAAAGCCAGUUAUAGUGUUUGGAAUUUUCUCUACGAUUCUGUUCAAUACUUUGUUUGGACUAAGUGUACAUUACUGGAUGGCAAUAUCUACACGAUUCCUUGUUGGUCUUUUAAAUGGCUUAAUUGGGCCCAUUAGUGCUUAUGCUGUUGAAGUUUGCCGACCUGAGCACCAUGCAACUGCAUUGUCACAUGUUACCAUGGCAUGGGCAAUAGGUCUCAUUAUUGGACCAACAAUUGGCGGAUAUCUUGCACAGCCAGCAGAAAAAUAUCCAAAGUUAUUUCCGGUUGACUCUUUGUUUGGAAGGUUUCCAUAUUUCUUACCUUGUUUGUGUAUAUCGAUCUUCUGCUUUGUUGUUCUUAUAAGCUGCAUUUGGCUCCCGGAGACAAUGCACAACCACAAAACUAAUGGAAAGGGACACCGAGUGAGUGAGUCUUUGUCGCCACAUUUUUCUAAUUCAGAUGAGCUUGUUGAGCAUACUAUUACUUCAGCUACGAAAACGAAUAUAUUGAAGAAUUGGCCAUUGAUGUCAUCUAUCAUUCUGUACUGUGUUGUGUGCUUUGAUGACAUGGCUUAUACUGAGGUAUUCUCCUUAUGGGCUGAAAGUGAUAAAAUGCACGGUGGCUUAAGUUUCUCAUCUGAGGAUGUUGGUCAAGUUCUUGCAAUUUCAGGUGCUAGCAUUCUUGUAUAUCAAACAUUUCUAUAUCCUCGUGUUGUGAGAGUUCUUGGACCAAUAAAUACCUCCCGUGCUGCGGUCAGUCUAUCUAUGGUGCUUAUGUUUACUUAUGCACCCAUCACACAUCUCUCAAGACCAUGGUCGUCAAUAGCAGUAAACAUUGCAUCGGUGCUUAAAUGCAAUUUUGUCAUAACCAUUGCUACAUCUUGUUUAAUUCUUCAGAACAAAUCUGUGACUCAAGAUCAAAGAGCAACUGCAAAUGGCUUGGCUACCACUUUAAUGUCACUUUUCAAAGCAUUUGCUCCAGCAGGAGCUGGCGUCGUGUUUUCAUGGGCACAGAAACGCCAACAUGCGUUCUUCUUUCCAGGUGACCAGCUGAUAUUUUUCCUUUUGGCGAUUGUCGAGCUUGUGGGAUUCAUUUGGACAUUCAAGCCGUUUCUUGCUGUGCCAGAACCGUUUUCUUCGGAUUAGCACGGCGAAUUUGGGCAUGACUCUAUGGCUUAUUCAGUGCUUAUAGAUAAAAACUACACCUGCACUUAGGUGUUUAUGUACUUUGAAUAGCAUUGUAAUUUGAUUCUGUGAGAUUGCGUUAUGGAACAGAUGAAAUAAAAUUAGAAACAAUGGUUUGGAGUGCUAUUGUAAUCUAAUUACGGGCCAAAACAGUGAGCGAAAUGGCAUCCCUAUUAUAUUACU